AUGGCAGACGCAGAUGAAGAAUUUCUGCAGAAUCCUGCAAAUGCUUCUGUACAGCCUGAGGUUGACCUGUCUGACGAGACACAGGACUUUCGCUUCCUCAACAACCUGAACAUCUAUGCAGACUCAGGCAGUCUCCCGCGUCGUGGAGAGAAGGACUUUGAGCCUAAUCCAACAGAACACCAAACUGGCGUCCUUUCCGAGUCGCGCAGGGCGAUGCACAAUGCCCUCUCAUUUCCUCGUCUUCAUAGCACAAAGGCCCAUGUUAUAGCGUUCUAUGCACCAGAUGGAUAUACCCCGCUAGCCGAAAUUCCUCCACCGAAAGCCCCACAACAAACAGACAAGAGUACAGAGUCAGCUGAGAAGCCCGCAAGGCCCACGCCGAGGUCUGCUAACAUCAACCCCGACGUAUGUGUCUAUGUGCCCAACCCAAAAGGUCCUUUCUUCAAAUCAGUUGGCCAGAGUGACCGUUGGAAUCGCCUCUGGUUAUUACCCGAGGAAGCUUUAUACCUUAUUGAGAGAGGCAGUUUGGAUAUCAGAUGGCCCAGCCCGACCGAUCCUGCAAUCCCUGGGGAGGACGGCCUCUCUAUACCAAUGAGCUUGCAGGCUGCAUGGGCAUCCUUCAUAGGACAUGGUGGUCUGACUCUCGAACGAUACUCUGUUUAUAGCGGCCUUAAACGCCUGGGAUACACGCUCGCUCGAGCUCCUGGGUGGUGUGAUGAAGCGGAGCAACGAGAACAUGAGCAGAAUCUUGCUCCUAGCCCAAGCUAUAAUGAGAAUAUUAUACCAAAGCUGCGCGGAGCUGGCCUAGCAGGUAUCCUAGGAUCAUUGUUCAACUGGAUCCACGAUCCUUAUUCAACAGCCUCGACAACAUCCGGCCCAAUGAUUGGCACCGGAAUCAACCGUCACUACAUGGAUGUAUACCGCAAGCUCGCAAUUAUCCCAUGGUACGACCCCAUCACUGCAUCCCCCUCAAACCCCUCCGAUACUACAGCGCCAUUCCGUGUCGUGUUCCACGUCUGGAAGCCCUCGACGCCCGUCAAAAAAUCAGCACCACCCACCCCCGAGUUCCGUGUCGCGGUCCUCAGCACUCGUGAUCAAACUACCAUGCCAAACAUGACACAACUCGGCGCAUUGCUUGAAAGCACACCCCUCGAUCCUCCAUCCGGAGAGAAGAUGGAGCGGAUGAUGUAUAUGAGACUACGACAUGGAUAUCGCAACGUUAUUCUGGCAGUUGUGGAUCAGGGUGUCGUGAGCUACUUGCGCGUCGCUGACUCGGCAUUUGGGAAGGAGAAGCUGUAUGAGAAUCAAGGUGGACCCCGGGGACCUAAACGGGGAGGACGUGGAUAUCAAAAAUCCAAAAAGCGUUGA